CGGGUGUGGGGUGAGUGUGCGUCCGGGUCCCGGCUGGGUGCGCGCUCGGCGCCGGGAGCGCGGCCAGGCGGGUCCCGAGGCGCCCGGCGAGCGAGCGCCGCCCGGACCCCGCUCUCCGCCGCCGCCCGUCCGGGGCCGGAGUUCGGGGCCAGCGCGGGGGGCCGGGGCCGCCGGGCCGGGCCGGGCCGCGUCCACCCGGGCGGAGAUCUGUGAGUCGAGCGGGAAGAGAGCAGAGAAACCAGAUCCGAAAGGCCGCUUCAGAUUCCUGCGUCCUGAGGGAAGCCCCGAUCGGCUCAGACAGAACAUGGCGCCCCCGGGCCUCCUGCUGUGCCUGCUGUCCCCGCUGCUUCUCUCCCUGCUGCACGGAGGCUCGGCCUUCCUAUCCCACCACCGCCUGAAAGGCAGGUUCCAGCGGGACCGCAGGAACAUCCGCCCCAACAUCAUCCUGGUGCUGACAGACGACCAAGACGUGGAGCUCGGUUCCAUGCAGGUGAUGAACAAGACCCGGCGCAUCAUGGAGCAGGGCGGCGCGCACUUCCUCAACGCCUUCGUGACCACGCCCAUGUGCUGCCCCUCGCGCUCCUCCAUCCUCACCGGCAAGUACGUCCACAACCACAACACCUACACCAACAACGAGAACUGCUCCUCGCCCUCCUGGCAAGCGCAGCACGAGAGCCGCACCUUCGCCGUGUACCUCAACAGCACGGGCUACCGGACAGCUUUCUUCGGGAAGUACCUCAACGAAUACAACGGCUCCUACGUGCCGCCGGGCUGGAAGGAGUGGGUCGGCCUCCUCAAGAACUCCCGCUUUUACAACUACACGCUGUGUCGGAACGGGGUGAAGGAGAAGCACGGCUUCGACUACUCCAAGGACUACCUGACGGACCUCAUCACCAACGACAGUGUGAGCUUCUUCCGCACGUCCAAGAAGAUGUACCCGCACAGGCCCGUCCUUAUGGUCAUCAGCCACGCCGCCCCCCACGGCCCCGAGGACUCAGCGCCCCAAUACUCAGGCCUCUUCCCCAAUGCAUCGCAGCACAUCACGCCGAGCUACAACUACGCGCCCAACCCCGACAAGCACUGGAUCAUGCGCUACACGGGGCCCAUGAAGCCCAUCCACAUGGAGUUCACCAACAUGCUGCAGCGGCGGCGCCUGCAGACCCUCCUGUCGGUGGACGACUCCAUGGAGACGAUCUACAACAUGCUGGUGGAGACGGGCGAGCUGGACAACACCUACAUCGUGUACACGGCCGACCACGGCUACCACAUCGGCCAGUUUGGGCUGGUGAAGGGGAAGUCCAUGCCCUACGAGUUCGACAUCAGGGUGCCCUUCUAUGUGAGGGGCCCCAAUGUGGAGGCUGGCUCGCUGAACCCCCACAUCGUCCUCAACAUCGACCUGGCCCCCACCAUCCUGGACAUCGCAGGUCUGGACAUCCCCUCGGACAUGGAUGGGAAAUCCAUCCUCAAGCUGCUGGACACGGAGCGGCCGGUGAAUCGGUUUCACUUGAAAAAGAAGAUCAGGGUCUGGCGGGACUCCUUCCUGGUGGAGAGAGGAAAGCUGCUGCACAAGAGGGACAGCGACAAGGUGGAGGCCCAGGAGGAGAACUUCCUGCCCAAGCACCAGCGCGUGAAGGACCUGUGCCAGCGCGCCGAGUACCAGACGGCGUGCGAGCAGCUGGGGCAGAAGUGGCAGUGCGUGGAGGACGCCACGGGCGCGCUGAAGCUGCACAAGUGCAAGGGCCCCGCGCGGCCGGGCGGCAGGGCCCUCUCCAACCUGGUGCCCAAGUACUACCGGCCGGGCGGCGAGGCCUGCGCCUGCCCCGGGGACGACAAGCUCAGCCUGGCCGGGCGCCGCAAGAAGAUCUUCAAAAAGAAGUACAAGGCCAGCUACGCCCGCCAUCGCGCCGUCCGCUCCGUGGCCAUCGAGGUGGGCGGCGAGGUGCACCGCAUCAGCCUGGACGCCGCCUUCCAGCUUCGCAACCUCAGCAAGCGGCACUGGCCGGGGCGCCCCGAGGACCAAGACGACAAGGACGGAGGGGACUUCAGUGGCACCGGGGGCCUUCCGGACUACUCAGCCCCCAACCCCAUUAAAGUGACACAUCGGUGCUACAUCCUAGAGAACGACACGGUCCAGUGUGACCUGGACCUGUACAGGUCCCUGCAGGCCUGGAAGGACCACAAGCUGCACAUCGACCACGAGAUUGAAACUCUGCAGAACAAGAUUAAGAACCUGAGAGAAGUUCGAGGUCACCUGAAGAAAAAGCGACCAGAAGAAUGUGAUUGCCACAAAAUCAGCUACCACACCCAGCACAAAGGCCGCCUCAAGCACAAGGGCUCCAGCCUGCACCCUUUCAGGAAGGGGCUGCAGGAGAAGGACAAGGUGUGGCUGCUGCGGGAGCAGAAGCGCAAGAAGAAGCUGCGCAAGCUGCUCAAGCGCCUGCAGAACAACGACACGUGCAGCAUGCCCGGCCUCACGUGCUUCACCCACGACAACCAGCACUGGCAGACGGCGCCGCUCUGGACUCUGGGGCCCUUCUGUGCCUGCACCAGCGCCAACAACAACACGUACUGGUGCAUGAGGACCAUCAACGAGACCCACAACUUCCUCUUCUGUGAAUUUGCAACCGGCUUCCUGGAGUACUUCGAUCUCAACACAGACCCCUACCAGCUGAUGAACGCCGUGAACACGCUGGACAGGGACGUGCUGAAUCAGCUGCACGUACAGCUCAUGGAGCUGAGGAGCUGCAAGGGCUACAAGCAGUGCAACCCCCGGACUCGGAACGUGGACCUGGGACUUAAAGAUGGAGGAAGCUAUGAGCAAUACAGGCAGUUUCAGCGUCGAAAGUGGCCAGAAGUGAAGAGACCUUCUUCCAAAUCACUGGGACAGCUGUGGGAAGGCUGGGAAGGUUAGGAAGCACGAGGCGGCCCUCCAAACACAGACAUCGUCUGAGCGUACAGGCAGUGAGACGCUGCGGAUAAUUCCAUCAAGCAGGCCUACACGUUAGCCAGGAGGUCUGAGAGACAGCUCGCUUUCAGUCAACAUGGCAGAUCUGGAAGAGAACCAUCAGGAGUGGUGCAUACUUCCACAAGUUCAUUUUUGCCCCUGCUUUUGCUUUGGAUUAUACUUCACCAGCUGCACAAAAGGCAUCUUCAUACCCAAGUCGCCACUAACCCUCUCAACAAGGGAAAAACAAAAUUUUUCUUGGAAAUCUCCCCCAAAGGGUGAAAGUCACUGGAAUUUUUUUUUUUUUUUUUUUUUUAAAUCAUAGGGGAAAAACAACCCCGUUUUAAAUCCUUGUAAUUUCUGGUUCAUCACAAAGAACUAAGCAGCAGGACAGAGGCAACUUACCGAUGCCGGAUCCAGCGCAGACUCAGCAGUGAGUCCGGAGCACAGAGGCAACCUCUCUCUAGCUGUGCGCUCCUGGUUGCCUCUGAAGAAACUGACUUCACUGUAUAUAUGUGACUAUUUACAUGUAACCAGCGUGGGAACUUUUAGGGGAAUCUGACUAAUAAGAAAACCCAGUUUUCAAGCGUGGUGGUGUCAAUAAAUGCUCAGUGGCCAGUGUAAAAGAAAACUCCUUGCAGUUGUGGCCAUUUCUAUUCCUGCCCGGCUAUCACCUCCCCAGUAUUCAUUCCUUUGUUACCUGUUCCAGACCUGAUGUUUUUUAAAGUACUGAAAAGAAAUGAUGUAUGUCCCAAGUUUUAACAAAAUUGUAUUUGUAAAGAAAUUUUGUAGUCUAUUGUCAUACAAUGUUCAAAACCGCAGCCAAUGGCCAGCAGUUGGUAUGAGGUAAAUUGACAUUUUGUAAAAGGCCAUUCUUGGGAGUCUUUUGGUGUGUUUGGUUUUUUUUUUUUUUUUUAAGGCUACCAGUGAAUACCUUCUUGGAAGCAGAUGCCUUGGGUUUAGAGGGCUUUUUAAAGGGGACUAGAUAUGGGCUGUAAAUUAAUGAUUAAAAUUUACCACACUUCAGGGGCCUCACAGGUAAGUCUCUCAGUCCACUGUAUCAAGAAUUUCACUUUUUUGAGGAGUAUUAAUCAACUGCACAGCAAUUCACCUCAACCAAGACAAGCCUUCGUUGGGCCAGGUGGUCUAACCUUGUAAAGACGGCCGUCAGAAUUCCAGAAUGGAAGAAGCAGGAGUCAUCGCCCCAAUAACAAAUCCGGAGGCGACCCCAAGCACUCCUUUUUGAGAAAGGUAAGAAGAGCACCACUCUACUCCUCCCCACACACCACUUACAGGGAAGUCCAGCUCCACACUGCCACCACAGAGCCUCCGAAGACACUGACUCGGCCAUGCGUCUCCAGACAGCAGAGUGUGUUGUCUGCAAAGUGCAGGCCACUGUGAUGGAAGUUUACGGAUAUACAAUCUAAGGUUUACUUUUAACAAGUGGGGUGUGGGGAGGCUGGUGUCGAACUCGCAUCUACUCAAGUGGUAGUUCUGCAAAUACCGGAUCUCACUUAUAAGAAAGUCAGAAAUUAAAUGAUCUUACCUUCAGAAACACCUUGAAAGACUGGCUAAAUGUGUGAAAUUAAAAAUUUA